CUUCAAGCAGAAAUGCAAAAGCGUAAGGAGGUGGAAGAGGCUCAAGCCAAAGCUGAAGCCGAGGCAAGAGCCGCGGCGGAGGAGGCUGAACGUCUUGAGAAACAAAAAGAAGAAGAGGAGGAAGCGCGUCGCGAGGCAAAGAAACAAAAAGAGAAGGAGAAGAAGGAGCGCCUCCGUGCCGAAGGCAAACUUCUCAGCAACAAGCAAAAGGCGGAACAAGCGCGUUUAGCCGCGAUGCGCCAGCAAAUGUUAGCCAAGUCUGGGAUUGACGCAGAUAAACUCGACGAAGUUAUCAAGCCGAAACGUCCGGUUUACGACGAUCGCAAAAAGAAGAAAGAGAUGGAAGAGCGUCGAAAGCAACAACAAGAGCGUGCUGAGGCUGAAGCGAAGGCUAAAGCUGAAGAAGAAGCCCGACUCGCCGCCGAAGCUGAAGAUGACGACGCUGCCGAUGACUGGGAAGCGGAAGACUGGGACGACAAGGAGAUUAUCCUUCCGGGUCAGAAAGAAGAGGAGGAGCGCUUGGCUAAGGAAAAGGCGGAGAAAGAGGCCGCCGAGCAGAAACGUCACGAGACGGAGAAGAAAGCGGCUGAGGCUGCGGCCAAAUUCGCGGCGGAGAAGGCGAUCAAGGCGAAGAUUGCGGCUGAAAAGCC